GCAGGUUUUUGCAAAUACGUUAAAUUCUGCAGUUUUAUUCAUGUUGAGCAUAUAGGAUAGUUUUUUGCAUAAGAACAAAAUCGUUGCACUCGAAUGAUUCAAUCCUCAUUUUUUUAAAAAUUGUCAACUGUUUAACGGUGUCAACUAUUUCUCGUUCGUCAUCAUGAAGCUUUACCAUUAUACCGAUACCAAAGGGAAAACUGCAAUUGAGAAAACAGAGAAAAUUCUGCAGUCUAAAAGGGACUCGAGACGAGACGAUGCCAUGUAUGGCGAUGGCGUGUAUUUGACCUCUAUCCCACCGACUUCCACGACAGCCGAGAUUCUCGGGAAUAAUUACGAUGGAGUAACCAUCCCGGCGCAUAAAAAGGCAAGGACGGAAUGGUAUUUCGAAUUUGAUACGGAUGACUUGGGCGACGAUGUUGAGAAUGUUGGGGAUAAGAAUGACAGAGAUAUCUGGCUCGUGAGAGACAAGGAGCUUCCCUGCAAGCAAAAAGCUGGGAAACGAAAAGUAUAACUUUGUCGGAAUUAUGUAUGUAUAUUUAUUUACAUAAAUAAAUUAGCAAAAUUAUUACAUGGUUUUAUUACAUACAGUAA